AUGGGAACACCAGUAGCAGAGGCAGCAGCAUCACAAGCUAUGACCUCGUCUGCGUCUGCCGCUGCCCCCGCGCCCCCCAAGCUGCUGGCCGACGCGCUCCACCUCCUCGACGCGGCGUCGCGGCUCAUCACGGACGUGCGCAGCGGCGUGGAUGUGCUUAUAGAGGGGGUUGUGACCGCAGCGGAAGCAGGAGGGGAGGGAUGGGGAGGCGACGAGGAGGGCGGGGGCGGAGCGGCGGAGGUGAUGGGGGAAGUGGAGAGGCGGAUGCGCGGGACCGUGGCGCAGCUGCAGUCCGUUGGCACGCAGUUAGCGCAGAUGGGCGCGUGGGACGCACACGGCACGCCUUCCCCACCCGCCGCCACUGCAGGCGGAGGGGACGGGACCGGGGGAGAGGAGGGAAAGGCGGCAGUUGGAUUGCAUGGUGAUUCGAACGAGGGAGGUGAGGGAGUUAGUCGGGGUGGAGUUUCGAGGAAGGUGGUGGGGGGGGGUGGGCAGGCGGCGCUGGUGUGCGCGGAUGGCAUGCUGGUGAGCUACGCGUGGAAGCGCCACAUCGCUGCUCAUGCCGCCACCACCGCUGCCACGCGCACCGGAGGCGCCCUCUCCCCUCUCCGCCCAUCGGUUCCUCUUCCCUGCAUCUCGCUGUCCGCCUUCAAACCUCAUACGCCGCUGCUCCCCUACGUUCCCAUCGCACUACCACACCAUGGCCACUCCAUGCAUCUUCUUCAACUACUCUUCUUCUCUUCCCUCUCCCCAUCUCCUCCUCCCCCUUCUGCCCCUCUCUCUCUAUCUCCGUUUCCCUCUCUCCACCUCUUCCUCGGCACCCCUCCCCCCACCAGAGUGGCGCUCGCGGCAUUUCAGCGCCACAGGCAGCGCUGCUUCCCGGCCCUCACGGCGCCGCCUCUCACGCUCACUGCACUCGCGCACCACCUCGCGCAGCGACCCACAGCCUGCCCUGCGGAUGCCGCAGCAGUGGGUGCUGGCGGCGGUGGCAGUGGUGGCGAGGGUGCUGCGGGGCCCACCAGUGCUGCCGCUGCACCUGCCCAGCCUGCUGCUCACGGCUCCGCCACCACUGCUGCUGCUGCCGCUGCUGCCGUGAAGGUGGAAGGGGCUACAGUGGCUGGGGGGGAAGGGGCGGGUGGUGGGGGUGGGGAAGGGCAGGUGCAGGCAGCAGAUGGUGGUGAAACUGGGGAAGGCACAUGCGCUGCCACCGAUACUGCUACUGCCGCUGCUGCCCCUCAUGCUGCUGCUGCUGCUGCUGCUGCUGCUGCUGCUGGUGCAACAACAUGCUCAGAAGGAGCAGCAGAAGGCACCUCUGUCAACACAGGUGCUUCUGGGGAAGGUACACCUGCAACUGCUGCCGAUACGCCUGCUGCCGCGUCCGAACCUGGCCGCGAUGGCCCGGGACCAGGAUUGGGCCGAGCCACCCCACCAGCAGGCUUGGGGGUGAUCGGGGCGUUAGUAUUGGGGGGAGUAUCGGGGGAAUGGGGGCAGGGGCGGGGGGAGGUGUGGGGGGGGGGGAAUGCGAUGGAGGCGGACGACCUGGGGGGGGGCGAUGAGAUGAUGAUGCUGGGGGGCGACUUUGGCGGCGAGGACAUGGACGUGGAUGGGCGCGGCGCGGGGGAUGGGGGGGACGGGGCAGGCGCCCAGGCAGAGGAGCAGGGGGAGGCAGGUGGGGCGGAAGGAGGGGAAAUGGGAGGCGGGGAGAGGAAUGAAGGGCAAAGGCCGGUCUCUGGUGCUGGAGAAGGAGGUGCGGACGAGGGAGAAGGGGGUGGGGCGGAAAAGGCAGAGGGGGCAGGGGCGAAGGGAGGUGAAGGGGGGAGUGAAAGCAAGGCAGGGGUUGGUGGUGUUGGUGGUGGUGGUGGAGGGGAAGUUUCAGGGCGUGCAGGUGGGGCGAGAGGAGAACCAAUGAGUGGCGGUGGUGAUGUGGACGCUGCCAAUGUGGGUGGCAGUGGCGAUGGUGGUGGGACUGGUGCUGAUGCGCAUGUUGGCGCAGCGGGAGCCAAGGGCGUGAAGAGGAGGCGGGGCGAGGGGGGCGGCAUGGAGGGCGGCAUGGAGGCGUGCAGCGACCCCGUGCUGCGCGCCGUGCUGCAGCGCGUGCGUGUGGCGUGCCCCUCCUUGCACCUCGCCCUGCUGCGCCGCUCCUCCUGGCCGACCCACCUCAUGGCGCACACUGGCACAUGCGCUGCUGCUGUGCACGAUGGGGGGGGAAGGGCAGGGCGAAUGGAGAGGGGGGAGAGAUACGAGGGAGGAGAGAAUAGGGAGAGGGAGAAGGGGCAAAUGAAGCAGGAGAAAGUGAAGCAGGAGCAAGGAGGGGCGAGAGAAGAAGCACCCCCUUCAAGAAAAGCUCCUUUGGAAUUGCAAGCCUCGCCCGCUCAAAGGCGAAGGCGGGGGCAAGGGGGAGCGCAGAUCAUGUGUCCUCCCGGAGUGAUUGAGGCGAGGGUUCCUGGAGCAUUCCGUGCAGUUAUCUCCCUCAUGCCAGCUGGCACCUCACGAGUGGAUGGGGUCGCUGUGUUUGGGACAGACGAGGUGGGGCCGCAUGUGCAUGCGUGGGGGCAGUCGCACCACAUGGCCUUCCAGCUCGUCACUGCACAAGCACGGCAAGUGGUGCACAAGCUGCGCUGUGCGGCCUCACCGCAUCCCUCCGCAGCAGCAUGCACCACUCCGCCUCUGCAAGGCCUUCUGGUGAGACCUCUUCAACCCGCUCCCUUCCUCUUGUGA